GCGGCCCGCGGGCCAGAUCCGGCCCGGGCGUGGCACAUUUUUGGCCCGCCACAUGACGUCUGGACAAUGGUAAACAGACAUGUGUGAUUAGCAAUAUUUCCACUUUUUGUACUUUUUUCAUUUUCUUUAUUUAUUUCGUUUAUUUUAAAGCUAUUUUUUCAUUUUAUUUAUUUAUUCAGUUUAUUUUAACGCUAUUUUAAACAGGCAGAGUAUUCAGCCUCCGUUUCUCUGUCACUCACGCGCCUCUCUCACAUACACACAAACAGCCCCUCCCCUCCGCGCCACUGUGGGAAACACUGCUGCUAAGUUAAAUACAUCUCUGCUAGUCAUUAACAGUGAGUGAAAUCUUAACUAAAACAGAUCAUGACAAGUACAAAAAAACGUAAAGUUGAUAGCGAAAAUCGUCAGUUUAAACCCGACUGGACGGAUCAGUUUUGUUUUAUUUUACCACAGCAUCAAAAUGCAAAGCCAACAUGCCUGAUAUGCAUGCAGACUGUUUCUGUCUGCAAGGCUGACAAUAUCAAGAGGCACUUCAAUACAAUGCAUGCUGCUAGUUUUAAUUCAAACUUUCCUGAAAAAUCUGACCACCGCAGACAAAAAAUUGCCAGCAUGCAUUCUUCGUUCAGGCGGUCCGUUUUUACCAUUGAGACAUGCAACACGGCACAACAAAGGGCACGAGCAGCCUCUUUACGUGUUUCUUGGAAUCUUGGAAGAGCAAAGAAACCUUUCACUGAUGCUGUGUUGAUAAAAGAGUGUGCAAUUGAUAUGGUGGAAGAGCUUUUACGUCACGACGAGAAAAACAAGCUAAAUAUUGUGGAUCUACUUAAGCAGGUGCCAUUGUCGGCCAACAGCGCAACAAGAAGAAUAGAAGUUUUAGCCGAGGAUUGUUCAUCAAGACUAAACAAGGAUCUGAUUAAAACAGAGGCCAUGUCUCUGGCAAUUGACUCGUCAUGUGACCGAACCGAUAUGGAACAGCUGUCUGUGUUCGCCAGAUACUUUGAUGGGAAUAAAUUUCGGGAAGAGCUACUUUGUUUGUUACCUCUGUCUGGCCGCACAACUGGUGAGAUCAUCUUUAACGAGCUUACACAAUUCUUUGCAAAGACUGGUUUGGAUGUGGCCAAAAUUGUGUCUGUUGUUACCGAUGGAGCCCCGUCUAUGGUGGGACAUCGCAAAGGCUUGGUGAGCAGGCUCUCCGCAAUUAACCCAGAGCUUUUGACAUUUCAUUGUAUUAUUCACCAAUCAGUGCUGUGCGCUAAACUUGGCAAGGAAAUGAAAGAGGUCAUGGAUACGGUGACAAGACUGGUCAAUUUUGUUCGGGAGAAUUCAAGUCUGCAACACCGCAUUUUCAGAGCAUUGUUGGAGGAAAUGUCCGCGGAGCAUACAGACCUUUUGCUGCAUAACGAUGUUCGCUGGCUUAGCAAAGGCCGUGUGUUGGAACGGGUGUGUGACUUGCAUGGUGAGCUUGUGUCCUUUUUCUCCAGCUUGACGAGUCAAAAAGCGCACGAAUUUCAUGCGUUUUUAAUUGACAAGAAGGAGAUGGCAUGUGUGUGUUUUUUGAGUGACAUCAUGUCUCAUCUGAAUCAUCUUAACCUUCAAUUACAAGGCAAAAAUCACACUGUUGCAGAUAUGUAUGAGGCUAUUGACGCGUUCCAGGCAAAACUGAGCCUUUUAGAGAGAGACAUUCGCGGGAGAAAGUUGCACUUUCCUCGUUUGCGACAGCACUGUGAGAAGAACGAUAUGCGGCGGGAGGAUCCAGCAUUGACGCAAUUUGUGACCAAUUUGACAGAGAACUUCAAGGAACGAUUUGAAAACAACCACAAACUGUCACGUGACAUCCUUCUCUUUCUGAGACAGCCGUUCUCUGCGUCACCUGAUGGGCAGUGGACAUCGGAGGCCAAAAAACUGCUGCCGUCUAUAGAUGAACCAUCGCUUCAGAUGGAGGUCUUGGAAAUGAAAACAUCUGACGUGCUUAAAGCGUAUCACAAGGAAACCGGGUUGUCUGAAUUUUGGAUCAAUGUUGACCGCGAUCGAUUCAAAAACACCAGAUCAAUUGCAAUGCUCCUUUUAACAAUCUUCCCCUCCACAUACAUAUGUGAAUCCUCUUUUUCUGCAAUGAACUGUCUCAAAAACCAAGCGAGGAACAGAUUGUCUGAUGCACACCUUGGCGAGUGUUUGAAGAUUGCCACAACAGAAUACAGACCAGACUUUAGGAACAUUGCCAGCUCAUCCAAUCACUGUCAUUUCUCACACUGAUUGUGACUGAUGUGGCUGAUACUGUUCUGGAGAGCAGUUUGGACACAUUUGUUCUCAGUUUUUUGCCCUCUCUCUUGCUCUCUCUCUCUCGGGUGGAUGGUUUAAUUGUCCACAGUUUGCCUCUGUUCAGAGCAGGCACUUGAUAAAUGUGUGGCAGCUGAUAAUCAUUAUCUUUAUUAUUACUCUUAAUAGCAAACAAAAAUCAGAAUGCUUUAAGUUUAAUUUAGCAAAUUUGUACAAUUGUUUGUUUGCUAUUAAGAGUAAUAAUAAAGUGUUGUUCUUUGAAUCUUGCCUCUGUUCAUAGCAGGCACUUAAACAAAUGUGUGGCAGCUGAUAAUCAUUAAUAUCUUUAUUAUACCUCUUAAUAGCAAACAAUCAAUCGUUCAAAUUUGCUAAAUUAAAUCAUCAGAUAAUGCUUUAAGUUUAAUUUUGCAAAUUUGUACAGUUGUUUGUUUGCCAUUAAGAGUACUAAUAAAUAGUGUUCAUCUUUGAACCUUGCCUUUGUUCAUAGCAGGCACUUAGACAAAUGUGUGGCAGCUGAAAAUGCUUUGUUUAAUUUUGCAAAUUUGUACAAUUGUUUGUUUGAUAUUAAGAGUAAUAAUAGUGUUCUUCUUUGAACCUAGCCUCUGAUCAUUGCAGGCACUUAUAUAAAUGUGUGGCAGCUAAUGUUUCAUUUUGCAAAUUUGUACAAUUGUUUAUUCUAAUUGAUAUUAAGAGUAAUAAUAAAUAGUGUUAUUUUUUAACCUGCCAUAUCACGUAGAUUUACUCUGGGGGUGGGGGGAAUUUGUUGGCCCUCAGCCUCAUUUGCUGGUCAUAAUUUGGCCCUCGGGGAAAAAUAAU